GGUGGCUAUUCAACGAAAUCGAUGUUCCUAAUCACAUUGGACAACAAUCCACGGAUAGGAAAAACGAACGGUUUAAAUCGAUUGUUAUCAGUGUGAUUCUACAUGGAUCAAAAGACCACUCGCAGGGCUACCAUAUUGGACAUUGGAGCACUUGUGCAAGCGUUAGUCGUGUACCAUCAUUCGCUCACGUUACAACAAACCCGGUAGCGAGCCACCGUAAAUCCCGAGCAAUUUAUAUUCUUCUGCUAUUGUAAUUGAUACGUACUUAACGAACACAACAAUUUGUUAAAAAAAAUGAAAUGGAGUGCAUGUAUCGUGGUGAUGUGCUGUGUGCUUCUUGCAGGCUCGGCCGAGGGAGGUAUUAUGCGUUGGUGGGAUCUAUGGCGGAAAUUCCAUCGUCACCCACUCGUCAGCUCCAGUCUCAUCUUUGAAGACUGCGGCACAAAGUACGAUGUCAUAUCUAUUAAUCUGUCCAGUUGUGCAACCGCACCCUGUACGAUGCAUCGUGGCGCAAACGUUACCGUCAAGGCUGAAUUCAGCUCCAAUGGUGCAUCGACGGACAGUGUGCUUAAGCACGAAGCGUACUUUAUACUGAACAACGUUAAGACGAAAGCCGUUAUCACUCCUACCACCUGCGAGGGCAGCGUCUGUCCGCUGCAGAGCACGCAAGGACUACUGUUCUCAGCGAACAUCUACGUCAAUGUGGAUCUCCCACCGAUUAAUGGAAAGCUUCGCUGGGAGUUAAAAAACAAAUUGGGUGAUAUGCUGCUCUGCUAUCAGCUACCAGUUUGCAUUCAAUGAGUUGGCGUACCGGAUGGCUUCAUUCAAAUGUAAACUGCUAAUUCUUACUCAAACUGUAUCAGUGAGAUUAAAGAAACUUCAGAGAUUAUAAACAUUGUAA